CAGGACGAGCCCGCAAGGCGCCAUCGUCCGUCCCGUGUGGAAUCGAUCCCCGCUGCUGCACCACUCCCUCCCUCGCGAUCGAUCGAUCCCUCGCGCGAUCGAUGUUCUUUAAGUAAUCUUCCACCAGAAGAGGUUGGUGGUGAAGUCUUCGGCAGAGCGGGCGAGGCAGAAAUUCCUGCGGCUGUUUUUUGGAUUUAAAGAAUCGCAGAAGCUUCAGCCGGGAGGAAGAUUUCCUGUCUCUUGGAGCUAUGGCGUCAGCUGUGCAGGCAAUCGCUGUUUCUUCAGUGAAAAGCGUGGUCAGAGCCGCAGGCACAGAGUCGAACUUGCAGUCGGGAUUGAGGGCCUCCGGUGUCAGGUUCAGCCUGCGGGCGUCUCCGUUGUUCUUCCACGCCGGAGUCUCGUCGAGCUCGCGAUCCGUGAGGAAGCAGAAUUUGUUCACCGUCUUCGCCGAGGCCCCCAAGACAGAGACCUUGAGCCCCUCUGCUCUGCAGGGUGAGGGCGGCAAGGGCGACGGCGAGAGCCUCGCCUCCAAGUCCUCCGACAGGAAGGUCUCGAUCGGCGAUGUCCCGAAGAGCGACUUCGAGGGCAGGACCGUGUUCAUCCGUGCGGAUUUGAACGUACCUCUCGAUGACAAGAGGAACAUCACGGAUGACACCCGUAUCCGUGCCUCCGUGCCCACCAUUGAGUACCUGUUGGGCUGCGGUGCCAAGGUCGUCCUCGCCUCUCACCUUGGUCGCCCGAAGAAGGGACCCGAGGAGAAGUUCAGCCUGAAGCCCGUCUCAGUUCGCCUUGCCGAUUUAUUGAAGAAGGAAGUGAAGUUCGCCCCCGACUCUAUCGGCCCGGAAGUCGAGGGUCUUAUCGGUGGACUCAAGAAUGGAGAGCUUCUCCUUCUCGAGAACGUUCGAUUCUACAAGGAAGAGGAGAAGAACGACCUUGAGUUCUCCAAGAAGCUUGCCAAGAACAUUGAUUUCUUUGUCAACGAUGCCUUCGGUACCGCUCACAGAGCUCACUCUUCUACAGCUGGUAUUGCUGACUUCGUUUCAAAGAGGUUCGCUGGAUUCCUUCUCCAGAAGGAAUUGGACUACCUGGCAGGAGCCAUCCAAAAGCCCGCUAGGCCUUUCGUCGCCAUUGUCGGUGGGAGCAAGGUGUCUUCCAAGAUCACCGUUAUUGAGUCCCUCUUGGACAAGUCUGACAAGGUUAUCCUUGGAGGAGGAAUGGUGUUUACCUUCUACAAGUCCCAGGGCUACUCAGUCGGCUCCUCCCUCGUAGAGGACGACAAGCUUGACCUCGCAGUCAAGUUGAGCGCCAUGGCCAAGGAAAAGGGUGUCGAGCUCAUUCUGCCAAUUGACAUUCUUGCUGCGGACAAGUUUGCCCCAGAUGCCAACACACAAGUCUGUGACUUCAAGGAAAUUCCCGAUGGCUGGAUGGGAUUGGAUAUUGGUCCUAAAUCCAUUGAGCAAUUCAAGGACGCCUUGAAGGGAGCUAAGACCGUUUUGUGGAACGGACCUAUGGGAGUGUUCGAGUUCGACGCCUUUGCCAAUGGAACUUUCGCUGUCGCGAACACCAUUGCCGAUCUUACAGGCGAGGGUGCCAUCACCAUCAUUGGAGGAGGUGACUCCGUUGCUGCCGUAGAGAAGGCAGGUUUGGCUGAGAAGAUGAGCCACGUCUCAACAGGAGGUGGUGCCAGUCUUGAGCUUCUGGAGGGCAAGGUUCUGCCCGGUGUUGCCGUCUUGGACGACGUAGAAAUCCAAGCUUAAGAUGCUUUUUCUCCCAGUUGAACUGAACCAGAGCGUCACUUGUAAUUUUUAAAUCCACUUCUCUGCCACGGGAUUUCUGCCCUGACCUUUAACUCGAAGACAUUUCUGGUAGCAGCCACCAAGAAACCUUUUGUUUAAUAGAAUCCAACGAUCCUUCUCGGGAGGUUUCUUAGAGUAGAAUGAUGGAUGCGCGCUGUAGUAAUUUUUCGAGAAAGCUCGAAGAGAGAAAGAGAGAGAGUGAGUGACUGUCAGAGAAGUUUAUGGCUUACCCUCCGUAACCAAAGAGACUCAGAAAGAAGCCACCUGCAGAGACCCGAAUGUUUAUGCAUUACGUCGUUGAUAUGUAUUUUUAUCGCAAUUAGCUGCUCCAACUUCAAUGUAAUGCUCACAGCCGCCAGAAGUCGUAAUAAAUUUUCUUCAAGAUACGGUUCAUUUCUAUCCU